AUGCGUUUAUCUGACAGCAAAGUGAUAGUCGACGCCCUUUCUGAAGCCGGCCGCAAUGCUGAAGGAACCGGAAAAGUCGACGUCGAUGCCUUACUUUCCAAGCCAGAGUUUGUACGCUCUCUCCGGGAACUAUGGGCACAUAUUCCCGGGAAAACUAGACGAAGCAUCGCACGGCGGUCACAGAAGACAAGCCAUAAGCGCUCCCGAGUUAUACCUCCAAAACCAGAUAUGCAGAAGAUAGUGCCCUCGCAGACUUUGAUGCAUCAUAUACCGAAGUGGACACAGGACCCUCUGUCGCUCUUUCGAGAGGAUGAUGGCAUUAAGCUGGAUCUACAAAUAUCGCCAGUCGCCCAGCUAUAUCGAUACGUGGAGCAGUUGAACUGCCGGGGGGUUGUCGACAAAAUCCGAUCUCGCUUUUUAAAAGUCGUAUUUCAUCGGUUAAAGGAAGAAUUGGGCCAGCACUACUUACGCUCAAAUGAUAUCGAUUCUGUGGCAAUGAUUGUAUCAGACUCAGGCUUCAUCAAUUGUGACUUGGAUACCAUGAAGGCUAAGAUCAGUCGAUGGAUAGACUUAGGCCACAGAAUUGAUGGAUUUUGUCGAGGUAUUGGGGCCUCCGCGUCCUAUGAGAACUAUCAUUUGGGCAAUCUUUUUUGUUUGCCCGAAAAUUACCAUGAUGAGUCAAUAAGAGUCUUGAACCUCUCAGGACCAGAUCGGGAUCAACAAAUCCAGCUUUUCAAAAACCUCGGGAUCUUAAACCUAGAGGGUAGGAAUAUCCUGGACAGUCUAGCAGCCAAAGUAUUCGAUGUUCUAUGGUCCAAGGUUGAGCCAUCGAUUGGUAAUACCUUUAUUCAAUCCCCAGAGUCAACUUUAGGGCUCAACCUUCAACAUACGCGAUACUUCCGGGCAGGAGAGCAACACUCGAGAGAAGUGCUGCAGCAAGACAUAUCGGUGUCAAGUGACGGACCCUCCAGUACCUCCGAUAAUGUUCAGAACAAUCGUUCGGAGCCGCGGUCUCAGCUGGGUGUGGCUGGCAAUCCUGCAAUUCCCACCAUUAUGUCGCCAACACUUACUCCAGGGAGGCGGCAGGAGGCUCCAAGCCAUUCAUACAACAGCAACACAGAUAAUAUUUUUGAUGAAGAUGGCACUCAUAAUGGACAAACGUCUUCCAGCUUAAGGAACAUACUUAAUGUGCACGAUAUGCUCCAGCCAAUUUUGUCGCUGCAAAAUUAUGGCCUGGGUCAUGAACAACCCCCAAUAAAUAUGGUCAACACGGUAAAUGUCCACGACAUGAUUCAACCCAUAUUGCCAGCCCAUGUCUUUGCUUCGUUUGAUGAGCAGACGUGUGGCGAUAUGCCUGACUUAACGAACUUGAUCAACGUACACGACAUGCUUCAACCCAUAUUGCCGGCGCAAAUUUGUGGCCUACUAGAAGUGGAGCCCCAAACAAGCGUUGCCAACACGGUAGAUGUUCACAACAUCGGUCAACAAAUUUUACCGGUGCGAGACUUUACUACACCAGGUGGGCAAACCAGAAGCCUCAAUGUGGAAUGCGCUGGCAUGACACAAUCAUCGCCAUCGAUGCAAGCGCCCAGGGCAGGGGGAAGACAGCUGCUGACCCAGAGGGGUCACUUAUUCGCGCCACAGACGAUACGAAGCCAGUUCAUGCCUUACCAGAAUCCGUCUCACGGGGCUUUGACUCAACCUGUAUCCGCAGCGUGA